UGGCAGGCGCCGAUCACAUCAUCACCAUGGACCUACAUGCAUCUCAAAUUCAGGGCUUUUUCGAUAUCCCAGUCGAUAAUUUGUAUGCCGAUCCAGCUGUCCUGAAGUGGAUCAAGUAGAACAUCUCAGAAUGGAGGAACUGCACAAUUGUCUCACCUGACGCCGGUGGAGCUAAGAGAGUGACCUCCAUUGCGGUUGAAUGUGGACUUUGCUUUGAUUCACAAAGAGCGGAAGAAGGCCAACGAAGUGGACCGCAUGGUGCUGGUGGGAGAUGUGAAGGAUCGAGUGGCCAUCCUUGUAGAUGACAUGGCUGACACUUGCGGCACAAUCUGCCAUGCGGCUGACAAACUUCUCUCAGCUGGAACCACCAGAGUUUAUGCUAUCUUAACUCACGGAAUCUUUUCUGGUCCAGCCAUUUCUCGCAUAAACAAUGCAUGCUUUGAAGCAGUAGCAGUCACCAAUACCAUACCUCAAGAGGACAAGAUGAAGCACUGCUCCAAAAUACAGGUGAUCGACAUCUCCAUGAUCCUUGCUGAAGCCAUCAGGAGAACACACAAUGGAGAAUCUGUUUCCUAUCUGUUCAGCCAUGUUCCUUUAUAAUAGUGUAACUUCUGAGGCUUUUUCAAAAUAAAAACCCCCACCCCUU